AUGGCCAGUCAUUGGCGAAGUCUUCAAUCGCGUUGACGUUCUUCGCAAGGAGCCGGAUGCCGAAAUCCGAUAUUCCGAUUUCGACCAAAUCGGUGUCGUCUGUUGUACGUGAUGCAGUUGUCCCAGCGACUCGCAAUUGCCUUCGUUUCGGUCCAACUGAAGAAUGCAUGAGGAUUGAAGCUCCUCGCUGCCAAAUGCAUUCCCCAACUUCCGUUUCCUCGAUCCAAUCUCAAUCUGUGUGUCCUCGCCUCCAUGUGCAUAUUUUAAUCGGGUGUGUAUAAGUCGGUGUGUGUGGGUCCUCAAAACUAUGUGAAUCCCGAAUAUAUAUUCAUUUAAGGAUUAAAAAAGUGAAGUUUUCUUAACGAUCGUUCCUAGAGCACACAUAUUAAGUUAAUCAAUAAGGAUAUAUCCUUAUCCUGUCCCUGCUUUAUGUGAAUUAAUCAAGUUGAUAUUUACGUGACUGCGAAAAGGGAAAAACGAAAAAACAAAUGGCCAAAGUGCGUGCGAUGCCAUAGGUGACCCCAAAAAAAGGGAAUAUAUAAUAAAAUAAAAUAAAAGAAAAAAAAUAAAAAGAAAAAAAAAAAAUCGAGUCCAAUGCAGUUAGUUAGAGCCGACUACGCCAGAUUGCAAAAUGCGUUUGAAUGAACCAGCUGAAAAAACGCGACCCAGAACUAAAUCAACGAUAGAAGGCAAUAAGUUCUUGUCAUCGGGUGACCUUCACCUCGAAUGUCCCACAUCCACAUCCACAUCCACAAACAACCUGAACCUGAUCAGGCUGCUCCUCCUCAUCACAACGAUCAUGGGCUGGGGAUUCGUUUGCCAGGCCAAGACCAUCCACGACACAGAUACAGUUAACAGGAUUCCGCAGGACCCGGAGCCAUCCAACCUCGACUUGGACACCUCGAAGGUUGCCCUGCAAGCGACUGCUGCCACGCCCACUGCCGCCACCGCCACCCUCCGGGUGUCCACGUUACGGAGUACGUACGAUUCGAAGGAAAUCGAUAACUCCUUUCCAGCUGAUGGGAGCAGUCAGGCUGCGGAUGAUUCGGAUUAUGUAAUCCCCCAGGGCCAGACAUCCUCGGUGCCGAUCCUCGAUCCUCAGGACAGCCCAUCCAAGGCCCACGAUCUGGAAUCGUUAUCCUUGCAGUCGGGAUCGGGCACAGUUGCGCCCGAUUCUUCGGGGCGGAAGAACUCCUUCCAGCAGAUCGGCAGCCAGAAUGUAAACGCCUUAGUGCCGGCCACAGUGGCCACCGUCACUUCGUCCUCCGCCCUGGCCACGCCCACGGAGGCGGCGAGAAACCGCAGUACUGGUCAUGUCCGCAACUCCGCCGUUAAGGUGGACAGCAAGCAUCCGCUGUUCAAGGGCCAGAAAACGGAUGCCCCCAUGUUGAACUACAUCUUCGACACGUUCUCCUCGGCCAACAAGCAUCACCAUCAUGAUCAGAGGUAUGGACCCCACUUCGAGGAUGUGCAGCGACUGGGCCAGGCCACCAAUCUCACCGUGCAGGCGGGCUCCAGCAUCCACCUAAACUGCAGGAUCUCCCUGCUGCAGGAUAAGACUGUCUCUUGGGUGCGCCACAAUACGCAGGCUGAGGAUAAUGCCCUGGACCUGCUGACAGUGGGCAUGCACACAUAUACGGGUGAUAAUCGCUACAAAAUCGAGUUCCAGUACCCCAACAACUGGCGACUGAAGAUAACCAACGUGAAGAAGGACGACGAGGCCAUAUAUGAGUGCCAGAUCUCGACCCAUCCACCCCGCGUCAUUCAAAUCAACCUGCAUGUGAAUGCUCCCAAGGUGAUGAUAGUGGACGAGGUGGGGGAUCCGCUCCAGGAGAAAUACUACGAGAUCGACUCCACCCUGCAGCUGUCUUGUGUGGUGCGAAAUGUGGCCAUGACCAGUUCUGUGGUUUUCUGGAAGCACAUCGACAACAUCCUCAACUAUGACGUAACUCGAGGGGGAGUGAGCGUCAAAACGGAACUGAUGGAGGAUGGAGCCAACUCGACGCUUUCCAUAGCUAAGAUCAGUAAAACAGAUUCUGGCAACUACACAUGCUCCAUCAGCGAGUUCCAGAACUUUACCAUAGUGGUGCACAUUCUUAAUGGCGAAAGCUUUGCCGAAUUGCAUCAUGGUGAUGCGAGUGGAAUGAGGAAAACGGGGUGGCAUCUGGUGGUGCUUGUGGCACUUCUAGUGCUAAGUAAUUUAAGGGGGGAGUUUAUUAGCUAAGGUUCCCGAUUACUUUCGGUAGGUUAAGUGGGAGUAAACAAAUUGAGAUAACAUCGUUUAACCUGUAGCACUUUUUGUUGAUUAAUUGUAAAGAUUCUGAAUUGGAUAGGGCAGUUAUUAGAAAUAACUAAAAAAAAAGGCAGCCUAAGUCUAACUGGCUAUUAUAGAUAUGUUUCUACGUCUAUCAACAAUUUGUACAUGAGCAGGCACGCCUAGGAUUAAGUGUACUAUUAAGGUGGAGUAUAUGGAAUGAAACUCUGAAAAUCGGAAAAUCGGAAAAACGGAAAAGAGAGAUAAAGGCCAACGAAUUUCCCUAGCAGAAUGUCACAAUGUCAGAGUUAUGAUCUGGCCGAGAUCUAGUUGAUACAGGAAUGUAAAGCAUAGCGUAAUCUAAGUCACUACAAGUUCAUUAUCACGAAGCUUUUGCAGCAGGUGUUUGAACUCCUGUGGGAACUACUCCAAUGUUGAACUAUUAUAAAGUGCAAUACGGUCAUAUACAUAUUAUAUACAUACACUCACACACACACGAACGAAAUGAUAUGUUAAUAAAUGAAUACUCGUAUGUAUGCAAUAAUAAAGUGAACUAUAAAUGAG